AUCUUGUUUAUUUUACAUUUUCUACAACAAAUAAAGACUGUAAACGUAAAUAAAUAAGUGAAGUGAGUGACGUAGAAGCUAUGUUACAAAACACGGGCCCUUAUGGGCCGAAUGAAACGCCUAUAAGCAUGAGUGGGGCAGUAAAUAUGUCUCAGAUGAGCACGAACGGCAAUUUCACACAAAAUCUAAGUAAUAUGGGUAAAAUAGCCCACCAAACGCCUGAACAACCUAGCCCACCGUAUCACCUUCCAGAUUAUCCUCUUUACAACCACUCUUCUUUAAAUUUAAGCCAACAAAUAAACACUUUUCCGAACUACCAGCCACCUAGUUCACACUCGCCUUACAUGCCUCCAAAUUCCACGUCCUUCCACGAUACGAGCUGGCAGAAUGGUUUUUUCCCCAUGAAUUUGAACGCACAGCAAAAAGAAAUGAUGGCUCAUGAAAAAGAUAUCAUUAAUCAAGAAAGAGAUAUCUUACAGCAACAAAAAGAUAUUGCACGGCUUCAAAGAGAUGUACAAAAAGAAACUGCAAUUCAAAGUGCUAAAGAAAGCAAAAACACAUAUCAUAAUACUAGAAAAGAAACCAACAUCAAUGAAACUAUUACAUCCAAAAUAAAUACAAAUGAUGAAAAUUAUCAACUGAAACAAGAAAUAGAUAUAGAAUAUCAAAAUGAAAGUAAUGAUAAAUCCGAUGAACAACAAGAAAUCUCUACAGAAAACACCACAGAUGAUAAAGACUCGCAACAAAGUGAACUAGAAGAGACCGAUGAAGAUACAAAUGACAAAAGCAAAGACAAUGAUCCAUUAGAAGGGACUGAAAACAUAAAUAUUAAAUCUGAAUCAAAUUCUCCAGAAAAUAUUACUGAAGAAACAGAAACUGUAGACAUAAAACCAAUGUUAGACAGCGUUUUUGUCAAACUAGAUGUUGAAGGAGAACCGUAUGUUGAUGUGAAAGUAGAAAACUUCUAUUGGACAGACACAGACUAUGUAAAUCCAUUUCAUAGAGAUGUUAAUGGAAUACAGAGAGAAGAUGUUGCCAAUCGGAAUAUAAUUGAUUCAAGUGUUAGUGUAAAUGAAGCAACAUUAGCUAUUAAUAAUGAUCCUAAGCCUGGUACAUACUAUGAAUGCGCCCACUGUACCCUCGUUUUUAAUCAUCCGAAGAGGUUCCUAAUUCACACGAAGUGGCACUCUUUUGGUUUAAUCAAUGAGAGGAGAACUGUUUUUGCAAAAGAGAGGGAAAUAUGGAGGAACCAGAGGAGGGAAGCCAGAGUUGUCAAUAGAAUGAAUUCUAGGGAGGUGACAGAGAAAGCGGAGAGUGCGGCAGGCAAAAAUGUUUUCCCCUGUAAAGAAUGUGAUAAGGCGUUUACUUCGAAAGGCAGUCUGAAGAAUCAUAGGCAAAGGUACCACCCAACGCGUAUGCGCGAGUGUAAGAUUUGUGGCAUCACAGUGAUUGGCUGGAUGGCGUUGCGUAAUCACGUGGCCAGUCACGGCGACCACAGCUUCACGUGUGCCGUUUGCCACAAAGUCUUCAAACACGCACACUCUUUGGCCAAACAUCGGGAUACUCAUUUGGAAAAAACCGUGUCGUGCGAGCAAUGCCCAAAGAAGUUCGGUACAAUGGCGCAGCUCAAAAUGCACCAGAAAGUGCACGAGCGCGCUCAGAGAGGCGCCACUUACCAAUGCUCUUACUGCGCCAAAAGCUUCUACGAGGCCUACAAUCUUUCCGUGCACGAACGGACGCAUAGAAACGAACGGCCCUACAAUUGUGACAUCUGUAAUACCAGUUACGGGACCAACUCCAGUCUUAAACGACAUUUGAAAGUGUCUCACAGCACCUCAAAGCCGUUCCAAUGUUCGGUAUGCCACCGCAAUUUCAUCUCUGAACGCAUCAGGGAUCGCCACGCAGCGAGAAAUCACGCUCACCCCGAUGACUUCAGACACAAAUGCACGCAGUGCGAGAGCAAGUUUCUGAAACUAAAAGAUCUCCAGAAGCACAGAAACAAAAUGCAUCCAAAAAAUAGGAAACGACGAAAAGCGGCAAGAGACGCAGAAGAUGCAAACUCGUCUUGGGGAGAUAAUCUCAGUCAAACAGACUAAACAUAAUAACUGGCAACGUAGAUUUUUUUCCCACUACAUCGGGGCUAUAGUUUUUAACACGUUUCUGUUCUCGUUUUGUCGAGCUCGAUAUUUUUUAAUGCAAUUUUACUUUCCAUCGUUCACAUAAGUUGGAAAUAAAUUUAAUAUCAGUUUACGACUCGACCUAACAGGAAUUAGAACAGUUAUGACAGACGCGACGUAGCGAUAUUUUUUCGAGAAAGUUCAAAUAAUAUUAUGUGAAGGUUAGUGCGUAGUCACACGAGCCACUUUUCCCAAGCGACUGCACUGCAACUUGCAAUUGCCACUCGUAGCGAAUUUGAAUGAUGCGAUUUUUCUAAACGACGAAUUGUUAAUUACCGCAUGUGAAUUAUGUCGUUAGAUUAAAUAAAUUAAGGCCCUAAUUUAGGUGUCAGUAUUUGUAAUUAUUAAUCACUUGACAGGCGUAUUGAGCGAACCGAUAUUGCUACCAUGGUAUUAGGCAUGCAACAACCGAGGAAUUUUAAAAACCGGUUUUUUCGGAUGUUUUUCUAUUAUCAAACAAAUAAUUCUUUAAGUGUCAGAAAACUAAAAAAAUCAUCAAAUUAGUGUUUUGUACAUUAUUGUUAUUACAUUUUAUGGCAAUCACAACUUGAAUGAGAUCAAUCAACUUCUCGUUUUAAAAUUAAAAAGCAAAUCAGCGGCACUAAGAUUCUAAAAUAAAUCAUAUUUAGUAACAAACACACUUACUCGGAUUCUUCGGUUAACCGGGUAACCGGUUUGCAUGUCCUACAUAGUAUAAGACAAGGUGGUGCAACUCCCACUAAGAUAUUCCAUCCCUUUAAUAUCAAAUUCCUCCUAACGUUGGUCUACUUCUCCUUUAUGUAUGUCCUAUGUAAAUAUAUUAAAAGUAACAAUUUUGAACUUCCACGUAGAGUAAAUAUUCGUAUGAUGCUCCAUCACUCGCUCGAGGUUACGCGAUACAUGCCUAACUAGUGUACCGACGACAGUGCAAGCGCUGAAACAAGUCUUUCAUUUACAUUACAAUCCUUGUACAACUCCAGCAUUCGGUUCCGCACGACUGCACACGGCGGGCAACUUUAUUUUCACCUCUCUAAUCGCUUGCUUAGGCUCCUUUUUCCUCAUAGUGACCGCCUGGUGUCAUUAGUCAGAUUUAGUAAACUAUUAUAGCGUAGGUAUAUUCGAUUUUAUAUAGGAGUGAUGUAUCUGUUACGUAGUAACUAUUGAGUAAUCUAUGGUACAGCCACUUUACGUAUUGCUGCCAUCAAGCAGUAAUGUGAGAAUUACUGCGUACCGGUUUUGAAGGGUAAUGGGUUGGUGAAAUUACAGGCACAUGGGACUUGUCAACUUAUUUGUCUCACAGAUCUUUGCGAUUUAUAUUCUC